GUUGUUACCACCAACCUGUUACCACCAACGGAAGCCCAUCACAGAAACAACUGCGCUAUUAAGUACUUGCCAUGCUGAAUCUACGGCUAGUCAAGAAGUAUAAGAGCCGGCAGAUAGCAUAGCUUUACUAGAAGUGUGUAUUUGCAGAUUAUUCGGGGUCGAAAAGCCACGGAUUGCCUUUGUGACUUCACAGCCUACUACGUCUCACCGCGCAGUUCCACCUAAUAUCCCUUCACAAUGGCUAUUAUCGAAGUCGUCUUCCCUCAAUUCAAGAAAGACCCGGGAGUUAUCGAGGCUGUCUUAAAGGCCCUCCCUGUUGGAAUAAAAGCAUUCAAGAACGCGGGCGUUCUACGAGUGGCCCAAGGGUUCCUCGCUUCCGAGAAUGGUAGAGACGUAACAUCAGAGUCCAGGGAAGUUCUCGUUCUCGAAUGGCCGACCGUCUCUGCAUUUCAUGACUUCGUUGGCUCUCCCGCCUUCGCCAACUACACGGGUCUUCUGAAGCCCUUCCUCGACGGCCCGCCGCAGCUCAACAUCUUCGAGACCAACCCUGCCUCGAGUCUCUUCACCGGGGGCUCUACGCUGGAAAUCCUACUAGUUAGCCCGAAAACCGCACCGAGCGACGAGGAUCUCCUGGCUCUGUCGAAGAAGGUGCAGUCGAGCCUGGAGAAGGCCGGGGGCGCGGACGCUGUAUACGGCAGCUCUUUGAACCUGCCCCUGAAGAAGAUUGCUGUCUUGAGAGUGUUCCCGAGCGAAACGGAACUUAACUCUACGCAGAGCGCCACAGUACGCCAAGAGGUUACCAAGAGCGUCGAUGGUCUCGCUGAAGUGACACAGCUGGUGUCCAAUGAUCUCAAAGUGCUUCCCCUAUGAAGACAUACGAGAGGACGAACACGUAUCAUGCAGUUGACAUGAGGGUCACGGCACCCCCCACUCCUUAAUACAUAAA